GGCGCAAACAAAGUCUACAAAAGCGCGCAAGACGCCAAAUUCAGGCCACUAAACAACAAAGAAUAACUUCCUGCGUAUAUAUACAAAAGAUAAGACAAUAUUCCGAGUAGCAGUAACAGUGUUACAGUGCUGCAUUGUGAAAUGGAAGCAUCCAAUGUUUUAAAAGAGUAUCUGGAGUUGUUUACUGCAGACUGCAGGCAGUUGAAAUUACUAGUUGCACCAAAUGCAGCAGUUGAUUGGUUCGGACGCACAGUACGCGGUCCAGCAAAGAUACAUGAUUACUUCAGAUUCGAAGUAGCCACACAAUAUGAGCAUGUAGAUUUUGACAAAGUCGAGGAGUGCCAACCAAUUGAACAGCGUCCGACUCAUUGGAAAACAAAAUCACUGCCAACGGAGGAUGCUGAUUUCGUGUUGCCAAUAAAUAAAGUCACUGGCAUAACUACGUUGAAAAGUUACGCAGAUAGUGACAUUGAGGAUGAUGACUUGGAGAUGCGACCAUUGCCAGGCAAUCGAACACCAGAGCAUCAUAGCCAUUCCGCAGCUCAUAUCGGUGAACUAACACCGCCUUCAAGUACAAUUAAAAUUGAAAAUAUAGCAUCUGGUUCGGAAAGUGAUGCAGAUGAAGAGGCAUGUGGGUCGGCGCCAAAGCGCCUUAAGCGGUCCAUUCCAACACCAUUCAGUUAUUUGCGUCGCAUGCCGGCGUCAAGCAGUAAAACAACGCACGUCACAAGGCGUCAGUUAACAUCUACCCAAUUUGACAUGCAAAUGCUGGGCGACGAUACAUCCAGUGAUGAAGAGUUGGAUGCAGAUUUACGCAAAAAGCUAGCCAAUGAAUAUACGCCAUUGAAGUAUAUAGAGGCGACGGGUAAAUUGCGUGCUAAACCACAAAAUAUAACUGCCACAGACUCCCCACCUACACCGCACCACACAAGUGAUUGGGAUAGACCUGUGCGUUUACGUUUAUCAUAUCGUCGAAACCUAUCCGAUCAAUCUUUGCAAAUUGCUUUGAUUAUCUACGAACAUCUGCCAAAUAAUGCCGCUGAAGUGAAUCCCGAAGCGCCAUCAAGCAUGGGUAUGCGUCGUCGUAACCUAAUGGCACAAUUUAACGAAACUGCGCUAAGUGAACCAACGCAGGCAACACAGCAAGAUGUGCAUGACAUUGAAAGUAUAGCAGUUACUGAAGUUGGCACAGCCGUACCAUUGACGGAUGUGGAUGAAGAGAGCACCGCUAUAAGCGUUAUUCAAUCGCGUACACCAACUAAAAACGACCAUACACCACCGGCUACGCCCAAACGAAGGCCACGGAUGCCAUAUACGUUGUCUGGCAUGAAGCGCAUCACCCCGACCUCGUCGACCACAACACCAAAACGUGGCGCAGCACGCACACUACGCCUGUGAAGGAAUAGUUUUAUGCAUAGCAAUAUCGUAGCAAGCUAUUUAUAUUUAGUAAAACUUUUAGCGCAAUUUAUUUUAUACUUUUUUUUUAUAUGGUUGGUUGAAAUUCAAGUGUUCCGAAUGUGU